AAACAUCAAAAUUCACCAUUCUGAGUUUCAAGACAAGUACAAACAUCAAAAUUCACCCUUUGGAACAUGAUUCAAAUUAAUAUUCAAUAGAAAGUAUCGUGAUUUUUUGAAAUAGGUCUUUUUCCCUAUAAAUUUCAAACCAAAUUAACAUUAAACCAAUUAUGAUUCAGUUUAGAUUUGGUUUUUUUUUUACCCAACCAGAUGCCCACCCUAUAUAUAUAACUACACAUUCAGCCACCUCAUAUGUUCAGUAUCAAACAGCUCAUCAUUCUAAAAAUGGCGACCAUGAUCCCAACCAUCUUCUCCGAACUCUACACCGUCGCCCUCUUCUUCUCCAGCCUCCUCCUCCUCAAAUUCCGGGUCCUCCUCCGCUCCCUACCCCGGUCGGACCGCCCCACGGCGCAAUCCGACCAGAAUCGAGUCAGUUCAAUCGAAGCCAAGUUCCCGGCGGCCCCCUACUACUCGGGCCCGAAAUCGGCGGCGGAAUGCGCGGUGUGCCUCUCGGACUUUUGCAGAGGGGAAAGCGUCAGGACGCUGAGCUGCAAACACGUGUUCCACCGCGACUGCCUCGACAGAUGGCUGACGUCGCCGGCGGGUUUGGCAGGGCCGUCUUGCCCGCUUUGCCGAACCCGACUCGCUCUGCCGGCGCCGGAGGAAAGGAAGGGGACGGCCGCGGCGGUGGACGAUUGCGGUGGCGGUGAGUGGGGGCGUCGGGAGAUGUUUGCCUUGCUGGCUAAGUUCCGCGAAGAAGGCAGCAACGUACGACGACCGAGAUGAGAGCAUUCGCCGGCCGGCGAUGGCGGCAUCUUUCAGGGAAAAUGAUGUUUUUGGAAUCCAUGUACAGUUGGUAGCUAGUAUAAUUUGGGACGUUUAUUCAUUUUGUGACUUUUGGCGCUUGCUGAAAUUUAGUUGCUAGCAAUUAUUGAGCUUUGUUGCCGAUCAGUGAAAUAAUGGAAAUACGUGCCGAAAACGUUUGCUCCUCCACGCUAAAUAUGGUUAAUAAUUAACCUAUUUUCUCUUUUAACUUCAACUCGUUUUGCUUGUUGUUUGCAAUUGUAAUGUAACGGGCGGACAACACAUGUUCAUCCACGGCACUAGCCUAACUAUUAACUAAUAAUAAUAUUAUUAUUAUUAC